AUGGAAAUCUUUCAGUGUCCUCAUGGCACCACCUUAUGUCUGGGAGAACCUCCAAACCUGGACAUGACUGGCUAUGCAACUGGUCUACCUUGCUUGGAUCAAGCCGAUCUCAAUCACGGCACCUUUUCAAUGGCACCGAGUAUCGCCGAUCAUCAAAAUGGCACACCGAAUAGCCCAGAGUAUAUAACUGCGUCCUUCGAGCCCAUCGGCACAAUUGCUUCCAGAAAUGAGAGACGGAAGGCGCAAAAUCGAGCGGCUCAAAGGGCUUUCCGGGUUCGCCAACAGCAAGCUUUAGAAGAAGCGCAAGCCAGGUUGCGCUCUUUGGAGGAGGAACUGGAAGGAGUGACCGGAAAGAAAGACCACUUUGAACGACUUUACAAAAGUCUCCGUCAUGAGCAUGAGCACCUUCUCAGAACAUUCCAGCAGUUACUGGCCAGGGUCCAGUCGAGGUCCCUGGAGACUGGAGUGCCGCUGCUCCCUUAA